AUGAAGUUGGUCUUUUCGUACUUGGUUGUGGUGCUUUGUGUCUUCUGCAAAGAUGUAGAAGCCCUAUUUUACAGACAAAAAUCGGGAAUACAGGAAAAAGAAUCAGGUGGCUUUUUCUAUGGUAGCUCAUCCUCCGGUGACUCAGAUGGUAAAAAGCUACUCUUUGACAUUGGAUUUGGUACUUUAGGGGAGACUGAAGACAGGGCAAGAGAACGUCGGGAUACUGAGAGUUCAGAGUUGGAAGACACCCCAGCAGGUGACUUUUUCUAUGGUAUCUCAUCUUUUGGUGACUCAGAUGGUAAAAAACCACUCUUUGGCAUUGGAUUUGGUGCUUUAGGUGAGGCUGAAGACAGGGCAAGAGAUCUUCGGGAUGCUGAGAGUUCAAAGAUAGAAGACACUCCAGCAGAUGAAACCAGUUCAGCGAAUGGUAUUGCGAAUGGUGUCUCUGGUGGUAUGGAAUUUGGAUUUGGCAUUGCUUCAAAUCAAAAUGAAAUUGGUAGGGGUUCAUCUGACCAAAAUGGAUUUGAUGUGAAAUCAGUGUAUGGAUUAGCUGGUUCUGAUUCUGCUGCCAGGGAAACAGGUAGAAGCAUUUUGCUUUUUGACAUUGGAGUUGGUAGUGAAAAAAGGGUGGAUUCGGUUUUGGUAAUUCUGGCUCUAGUGAAGUCAGUAUUGGUGGUCAUAAACAAAGACUUUGGUGAUAUGAGCUUAAGAAGUGUGAAUCAAUUUGUUGACAGUAGCUUUGGAAAUGUGCUAUCCAAUUUAUGGGAUUCUGGUCAGCAGGGAUUUGGAAUCAAUGAAAUUGGAGGGAAUGGAAUAAGUGGCAGUGUAUCUGUUGGGACUGGAUUCAAAGGCCUUGGAUCUGAUGCCAGUCGCUCAGAUGGUUCAAGUGGAAGAAAUGAGGUUGAAUAUUCUGGUGUUGUCUCUGAAGACUCAGGAGUCAAAUUGGGGUCAACUAAUCAACAGGGAUUUGAAGUCAGUGGAAGUGGUGUAAAUAGAAAGAGAAGCAGUGAAUCUGCUGAGGCUGGAUACUUGAGUCCUGGAUCUGAUGUCAGUGACUCAGGAGGAAACACUUGGUCUUCUGGUUCGGGAAGUGGUGGAGAAAGUAAGGGUGCAGCUGGCCUUGAUGUUGGUGCUUCUGGACUAGACAAAUUUGGUGAAACUGGCCUUAGUGGUACAGGUAGACUUUUUUUAAGUAGUGUUCUUUCUGAUGGUGUGUCUAAUGACCGGAAACCUAGUGGCUUUGCAAUGGCAGGUUCUGAAUUUCUGGACGUUAAAAAAGGAACCCAUAUUCCAGAAGCAACUCCGAAAUACUCAGAAACAAAUGCAAUUAUUGGUGAAGCUUCUACUUGGAGCAAGGGAGCGUAUAAAGCUUUCAAUGGCCGUAUCUUUUCCUUUGAAUCCUCGUGCACAUACACUUUCUGCCGUCACUGUGUUGACUCUGGAGGAGACUUCAAUAUUGAGAUCAAACGAAACAAUGAUAGUGAGAUUGAAAAAGUAACAGUUCUAAUUGACAAUAAUGACAUCUCUAUUUUUGGUGAUAUCAUUUUGGUAAACGGAGAAAGUGUACAGAUACCAUAUAACAAUAAGCUGAUUCACAUUAAAAAAUAUGGAGAAUAUAAUGUUCUGAAUAGUCGUAGAGGAAUUCUGUCUUUACUGUGGGAGAAAAAUAACAAACUCUCACUCACUCUUCACAAACAAUAUCCAACUUGUGGUCUUUGUGGUAACUUCAACAGCACUCCAGGGCAAGAUAUUAAUGAGCACAUUGCCAAUAAUAAAAUUCCUGGUGAUUGUCCUAAAGCUGUUAGUAAAAGUUAUGAAGUUUGUGAAGAUGGAGUCCAGCACUGUAACAAUAUUAUUGGAACAUACUUUGAGAUGUGUGGAAAGGUUGCCACUUUAUCCAAUGACUACAAAAUGAUCUGCAUUGAUGAGUACUGCCAAACUAGAGACAAAAAAUCUACAUGUGACACUUAUUCAGAACUGUCCCGUCUCUGUGCCUCAGAUGGUCCUGGCAUAUUUGAAUCCUGGCGAAAUGAUUCUGAUGUGGUUUGUGAAAAACAAAGAUGCCCAGAACAACAUAUCUAUAAAGAAUGUGGACCCUCUAAUCCUGCAACUUGUUCUAAUGUGGCUCCUUUUCAAGACAGUGAAUGUGUGAGUGGCUGCAUCUGCCCAGAAGGUUAUCUAUUGGAUGAUAUUGGAGAGAAAGGAAAAUGUGUAUUAAAAGCUAAAUGUCCCUGUGAAUCCAGUGGAAAAGUGUAUCAGCCCGGAGAAACACGAGAAGGUCCCUGUGGUUCUCAGUGCACAUGCCAAGAAGCAAAGUGGUCUUGCACUGAAGCAUUUUGUCCUGGAAGAUGUAAGGUGGAAGGAAGUUCACUUACCACUUUUGAUGGUGUUAAAUACAACCAUCCUGGAAACUGUCAGUUCUUGGCCGUUCAUAAUGAAGAUUGGUCUAUUAGUGUUGAGCUUCGUCCAUGCCCAACUGGUCAGACAGGCACAUGCUUAAAUAGCGUUACAGUUGCCUUGAAUUCUUCUAUUUCAGUUGACAAAUACACAUUCAACAGUGAUGGAACAGUCACAAAUGACAAGAUGAGGAAUAAAGAUUAUUACUAUUCAGAUAAAAUGCAGAUCUUCAAACCAACUUCCUUCUACUUUCAAGUAGACACAUACUUUAAUGGAAAAAUGCAAAUACAAAUUGUCCCUGUGAUGCAAUUGUAUGUUUCCAUGCCACCUAACCAAUUCACAGACACUGUAGGACUCUGUGGUUCCUAUAACAACAAAGCGGAGGAUGAUUUCAUGUCAAGUCAGAAUAUAUUGGAGAAGACAUCUCAGGCAUUUGCUAGUUCUUGGGAAAUGAUGUCCUGUCCUAAAGGAAACCCCUCUUCAUGUAUCAGUAUAGAAAAAGAAAAAUUUGCUGAAAGGCACUGUGGAAUUCUUCUUGAUUCAAAAGGGCCUUUUGCUUCCUGCCAUCCAAUUGUGAACCCUAAAUCUUAUCAUGAGGAAUGCAAAAAAUAUACGUGCAGUUGUGAAAACAGUCAAGACUGUCUAUGUACAAUUUUAGGCAACUAUGUGAAGGCGUGUGCUGAGAAGGAAACAGACAUAAUGGAAUGGAGAACUGGACAAUGUGAACACUCUUGUCCCAGUGGCCUAAUUUUCAAGUACAAUGUCAAAGCCUGCAAUAGUUCUUGCCGAUCAUUGUCUGAGAGAGAUAGGAGCUGUGAUGUAGAAGAUGUUCCAGUUGAUGGAUGCACCUGCCCUGAUGGAAUGUACCAGAAUAAUGAAGGACACUGUGUUCUGAAAUCUCAGUGUGACUGCUACAUAAAUGACGAGGUUAUGCAACCAGGCAAACUCAUCCAUAUUGAUGAUAAUACAUGUGUCUGCCGAGAUGGAAUUCUUCUUUGCCAGAUUCCUAUUGAUUUAACCCUACAAAAUUGUUCUGGAGGGGCUGAGUAUGUAGACUGCAGGGAUCCCAAAGCACAGAGAAAAACUGACAGAACAUGUAGCACUCGGAACAUUCCUAUUCUUGAUGAGAACUUGUCUUGUAAACGUGGGUGCUACUGUCCAAAAGGAAUGGUUCGAAAUUCUAAAGGGAUAUGUAUCUUUCCUGAUGACUGCCCAUGCUCUUUUGGUGGACGAGAAUAUGACCAAGGAAGUGUCACUUCAGUUGGCUGCAAUGAAUGUACUUGCAUUAAAGGAUCUUGGAGCUGUACACAAAAUGAAUGUCAAACCACCUGCCACAUCUAUGGAGAAGGUCAUGUUAGAACUUUUGAUGGGAAAAGUUACAGCUUUGAUGGUCUCUGCCAGUAUUCAUUUCUUGAGGAUUAUUGUGGCAGUGAAAAUGGCACAUUUCGUAUUUUAACUGAGAGUGUCCCAUGCUGUGAGGAUGGGCUUACAUGCUCAAGAAAAAUCAUAGUUGCUUUUCAGGAUCAAAAUGUUGUCUUGCAAGAUGGUAAAGUAACAGCAGUCAAAACUACAGAAAGUAAGGAAUGCGAACUCAAUGCAAAUGCAUACUCCAUACAUACUGUUGGUCUGUACUUGAUUCUGAAAUUUCUAAAUGGAAUAAUUGUGAUUUGGGACAAAAAUACAAGGCUGUCCGUUAUACUGGAUCCAAGCUGGAAUGGCAAAGUUUGUGGUCUUUGUGGAAAUAAUAAUGGUGAUCUCAAGGAUGAUUUUACAACAAGGUACUCAUCAGUAGCUGCAGGAGCAUUGGAAUUUGGAAACAGUUGGAAAACCAGUCAAGAAUGUUCAGACACAGUAACUCAAACUUUCCCAUGUGACUCAAACCCAUACUGUAAAGCCUGGGCUGUGCGGAAAUGUGAGAUCAUCAGAGACAGCACCUUCAGAGACUGUCACAACAAGGUGGACCCCAACGUUUACUAUGAUGCGUGCAUUGAAGAAGCCUGUGCGUGUGAUAUGGAGGGGAAGUACCUUGGAUUCUGCACUGCUGUGGCUAUGUAUGCAGAGGCGUGUAGUGCAGUUGGAGUCUGCGUCUCAUGGAGGAAACCAAAUCUGUGUCCUGUCUACUGUGAUUAUUACAAUGCACCUGGAGAUUGCAGCUGGCAUUAUGAACCUUGUGGCACAGUAACUGCAAAAACAUGCAAAGAUCAGGUCAUUGGUCAGAAAUUUUCUUCACUUUUAGAAGGUUGCUAUGCUAAGUGCCCAGACAGCGCUCCCUACUUGGAUGAGAACACCAUGAAAUGUGUCAGUUUAUCUGAGUGCAGCUGCUUCUAUAAUGAUAUCGUACCAGCAGGGGGAGUGAUCCAAGAUAACUGUGGAAGAACAUGCUAUUGUAUUGCAGGAAAGUUGGAGUGCAGUGAAAUUCCUCGUACAAAUUCAACAUUUGCAGUUUCCACGACAACAGCUACCUCCAUAUUAAGUACCGGAGCAGCUAUUACACUUGUUACCAGUAGCCCAAGCACAGCAGUAUCCAUUCCAGGGAUUAUAGCAUCAAGCAGUGAAACAAUAGGAACAACUUUAGGUCCUCUCACGGAACCUUUAACUACAGUCACUGCUAGAACUUCAGUUCCCAUCAUCUCAACAGCCGGAAGUGCAGCCAUGACUGGAUUAGUGAGCCCCACCUUUACCAGUGCUGGGGCUUUAUCAGGAACAACUGGAGGAGCAGAUGCAGCCACCACUAGAGCUGCUGGUGAGAAUUCAUCUGGAACAACAGGUAUGGAAGGAGAUAAUCAGCUUGACACAGUCAUGCAGACAUGCAUACCUGGGGCAACCCCUGGAGCAAGCCCUGGAGCCAAAAGUGGCAGUACUCCUGGAGAAGCAAGCGCUGGAGUCACAGGCUCUGGCUCCACCACUGCCAGUCCUGGAGCCUCAGCUAUGCCAGCCACAAUCUCUGAAAGCGGCAAAUCGGGGACUACUCGAACAUCAGUUGGUGAAACAACUAGAGCCCCGAGCAGGGAAGUGACGCCAUCUGAAGGCAACUUAGAAACAACUGGAAGUGGAAAUGCAGCCACCACUGGAGCUGCUGGUGAAAACACUUCUGGAAUGUCAGGAACAACUGGAAUAUCAGGCGAACCGACUACACUGGCAGGAAGAACCUCUGAAAUGCCAGGCAGCCCAGUGGAUGAAUAUGUGGAAGCUACCACUGGAGCAGACAGUGGAAGCACAGUUGGAAUCUCAAGUUCUGCAGUCACUGACCUUGGAAACCCAACAGUAGCAACCAGAUCAUCAGCUGGCAAGACAGGGACAACUGGAUCAUCAAUCGAACAUUUAGGGACAACUGGACCAUCUCUUGUUGAAUUAGAGACAGCUGGAUACUCAACUAGAGUGAAGGUGACAUCUGGACAAUCAACUGAAGUGACUAGGGUAACUGAACCAUCAGCGGGAGGGACAAAAACAACUGGACCCUCAGCUGGAGAAACAGUAACAACUGGACUAUUUACUUUAGGAUCAGGGACUACUAGCUCAUCAGUGGAAGGAUUAGGAACAACCAGACCACUUGUAGACUUAGAGACAACCAGACCUUCAGCUGGAGUGUCAAUGACAUCUGGACAAUCAGCUGGAGUGACUGGAACAUCUACACAAUCAGCUGGAGUGACAAUGGCACCUGUCCAUUCACUUGGAACAGCAGUAGCAACAGAUCCAUUUGUUGAAGGAUCAGCUACAACUGGGCAACCUAUUUUAGGAUCAGAAACAUCUGAACCAGUAGCUGGAGGUGCGGGGUCAACUGGAUCAUCAGUAGAACAAUUAGGGACAACUGGACCACCUCUUGUAGAAUCAGGGGCAACUAGAUCAUCAGCUGGAGUGACAGCGACAUUGGAACAAUCAGUUAGAAAGACUGGGACAACAGGAUCAUCAGCUAGAGUGACAGGAACACUUCAACCAUCUGUUGUAGAAUCAGGAACAACUAGACCAUUUAUUAUAGAAGCAGGGACAACUGGAACUGCAUUUGGAGGAUCAGAAUCAACAAGACCAUCAGUUGGAGAAACAAGGACAACUGGGCAAUCAGCUGCAAGAGAAACAUCAAGUCCAUUUACUGGAUCAACAGGGACAUCUGGAAAAUCAGCUGGAGUGACUAGGACACCUGUACAAUCAGCUGGAGUGGCAAUAACAUCUGUUCAAUCACCUGGAGUAGCAGUGACAACAGAUUCAUUUGUGCAAGGAUCAGCUACAGCUGAACUACCUGUUUUAGGAUCCAGAACAACUAGACCAGUGGCUGGAGGUACAGGGACAUCUGGACAGUCCACUGGAGUGACUGGGACAACUGGACCCUCAGCUGUGCCAUCAACUGAAGGAUCAGGGACAGCUGGACCAUCCAUUGUAGGAUCAGAAACAACUAGACUAUCAGUUACAGGAUCAAAGACAACUGGAAUUGCAUCUGGAGGAUCAAGUACAACAAAAUCAUCAGUUGGAGAAGCAGGGACAACUGGACAAUCAGUUGAAAAAGUAGGGACAGCUGGAUCACCUCUUGUAGAAUCAGACACAACUGGACCCUCAGCUGGAAUGACUGUGACAUCUGGGCAAUCAGUUAGAGUGACUGGGGAAACCGGAUCAUCAACUAGAGAGACAGCGACAUCUGCACAAUCUGCCAGAGUGACAGGUGCAACCAAAUUAUCAGCCGGAGUGACAGGAAAAAGUGGAUCACCAACUGAAGUAUCAGGCACAACAGGAUCAUCUGUCAUUAGAUCAGAAUCAACUAGUUCAGCAUCUACAGGAUCAGAGGCAACUGGAACUGCAUCUGGAGGAUCAGGUAUAACAAGAUCAUCUGUGGGAGGAACAGAGACAACUAGACAAUCAGCUGCAAGAUCUGAAACAACAGCUCCAUUUGUUGGAUUGACAGGGACAUCUGAACAAUUAGCUGGAGUGACUGGGACAUCUCCACAAUCAGCUGAAGUGACAAUGACAUCUGUUCAAUCAGCUGGAGCAGCAGUAACAACAGGUUUAUUUGUGGAGGGAUCAGCUAUAACUGAACAAUCUGUUUUAGGAUCAGGAACAACUAGACCAGUGACUAGAGUUACAGGAACACCUGGACAAUCAGCUGGAGUGACUGAGACAACUCAAUCAUCAGCUGUACCAUCCACUGAAAGAUCAGGCACAACUGGACCAUCUGUCAUUGGAUCAGAAACAACUAGUCCAUCAGUUGUGGGAUCAGGGACAACUGGAAUUGCCUCUGGAGGAUUAGGUACAACAAAAUCACCAGUUGGAGAAACAGGGACAAUUGGACAAUUAGUUGAACAAGUAGGGAUAACUGAAUCACCUCUUGUAGAAUCAGACACAACUGGACCCUCAGCUAGAAUGACUAUGAUAUCUGAGCAAUCAGUGAAAGUGACUGGGGAAACUGGAUCAUCAGCUAGAAUGACAGUGACAUCUACACAAUUGGCCAGAGUGACAGGAACAAACAGACCAUCAGCCAGAGUGACAGGAACAAGUAGACUAUCAACUGAAGGAUCAGGUACAACUGGAUCAUCUGUCAUUGGAUCAGAAUCAACUAGAUCAGCAUUUACAGAAUCAGGGACAACUAGAACUGCAUCUGAAGGAUCAGGUACAACAAGAUUAUCAGUUGGAGAAACAGAGACAACUGAACAAUCAAUUGCAGAAUCAGAAACAACAGGUCUAUUUGCUGGAGUGACAGGGUCAUCUGGACAAUCAGCUACAGUGACUGGGACAUCUCCACAAUCAGCUAGAGUGACAACAGCAUCUGAUCAAUCAGCUGGAGUAGCAGUAACAACAGGUCCACCUGUGGAAGGAUCAGCUACAACUGGGCAGUCUGUUUCAGGAUCAGGAACAACUGGACCAGUGGCUAGAGUUACAGGAACAUCUGAACAAUCAACUGGAAUGACUGAGACAGUUCAACCAUCAGUUGUACCAUCAACUGAAAGAUUAGGGACAACUGGACCAUCUAUCAUUGCAUCAGAAACAACUAGACCAUCAAUUACAGGAUUAGGGACAACUGGAAUUGCACCUGGAGGAUCAGGUACAACAAAAUCACCAGUUGGAGAAACAGGGACAAUUGGACAAUUAGUUGAACAAGUAGGGAUAACUGAAUCACCUCUUGUAGAAUCAGACACAACUGGACCCUCAGCUAGAAUGACUAUGAUAUCUGAGCAAUCAGUGAAAGUGACUGGGGAAACUGGAUCAUCAGCUAGAAUGACAGUGACAUCUACACAAUUGGCCAGAGUGACAGGAACAAACAGACCAUCAGCCAGAGUGACAGGAACAAGUAGACUAUCAACUGAAGGAUCAGGUACAACUGGAUCAUCUGUCAUUGGAUCAGAAUCAACUAGAUCAGCAUUUACAGAAUCAGGGACAACUAGAACUGCAUCUGAAGGAUCAGGUACAACAAGAUUAUCAGUUGGAGAAACAGAGACAACUGAACAAUCAAUUGCAGAAUCAGAAACAACAGGUCCAUUUGCUGAACUGACAGGGACAUCUGGACAAUCAGCUGGAGUGACUGGAACAUCUGCACAUUCAGUUGGAGUGACAAUGACAUCUGUUCAACUACCUGGCGUAGCAGCGACAACAGGUUCAUUCGUGGAGGGAUCAAAUACAACUGGACAAUUUAGUUUAGAAUCAGGAACAACAGGACCUUUGACUGAAGUUACAGGGACAUCUGGACAAUUAGCUGGAGUGACUGAGAUAACUCGAUCAUCAGCUUUACCAUCAACUGAAGGAUCAAAGAUAACUGGACCAUCUGUCACUGGAUCAGAAGCAACUAGACCAUCAGUUACAGGAUCAGGGACAACUGGAAUUGUAUCUGGAGGAUCAGGUUCAACAAGAUCAUCAGUUGGAAAGACAGGGACAACUGGACAAUCAGUUGAACAAGUAGGGACAACUGGACCACCUCUUGUAGAAUCAGACACAACUAGACCCUCAGCUGGAAUGACUGUGACAUCUGGGCAAUCAGUUAAGGUGACUGGGGAAACCAGAUCAUCAUCUACACAAUCUGCCAGAGUGACAGGUGCAACUGGAUCAUCAGCUGGAGUGACAGGAAAAAGUGGAUCACCAACUGAGGUAUCAGGGAUAACAGAAUCAUCUGUCAUUGGCUCAGAAUCAACUAGACCAUCAUCCACAGGAUCAGGGAUAACUGGAACUGCAUCUGGAGAAUCAGGUACAGCAAGAUCAUCAGUUGGAGGAACACAGACAACUGGACAAUCAGCUGCAAGAUCUGAAACAACAGCUCCAUUCGCUGGAUUGACAGGGACGUAUGGACAGUCAGCUGGAGUGACUGGGACAUCUCUACAAUCAGCUGGAGUGACAAUGACAUCAGUUCAGUCAGCUGGAGUAGCUUUAACAACAGGUCCAUUUGUUGAAGGAUUAACCACAACUAGGAAAUCUGUUAUUGGAUCAGGAACAACUGGACCAUUGGCUGAAGUUAGAGGGACAACUGGACCAUCUGUUGAACAAAUAGGGACAACUGGACCAACUCUUAUAGAAUUAGAGACAACUGGAUCAUCAACUGGAGUUACAGUGACAUCUGGACAAUCAGCCAGUGUGACUGGGACAACACGACAAGCAGAUAUACCAUUGACUGAAGGAUCAGGGAGAACUGGGGCAUCUGUCAUUGAGUCAGAAACAACUAGACCAUCAAGGGCAACUGGAGUUUCAUCUGAAGGAUCGGGUACAACAAGAUCACCAGUCAGAGAAACAGGAACAACUGGACAAUCAGUUUCAAGAUCAGAAACAACAAAACUAUUUGCUGGAUUAACAGGGACAUCUGGACAAUCAGCUGGGAUUACUGGGACAUCUGCACAAUCUACAGGAGUGAAAAUGACAUCUGAAAAAUCAGCUGGAGUAACAGUAACAAGAAGUCCAUUUGUUGAAGGAUCAGCAACAACUGAGAAAUAUAUUAAAGAAUCAGGAACAACUGGAGCAUCAGCUGGAGUGACAGAGACAACUGGAUCAUUUGUUGUAGGAUUAGGUACAACUGGAACAUUAGCUGAAGAAACACAAACAACUGGAUCAUCAACUAAAGGAUCAUUAACAAUGGGACGAUCAGAGGGAAUGACAGGAACCACUAUACCAUUAUAUAAAGUAUCAGGAACAACUGAACCAUCAAUUGGAGGAACAGGUGCAACUGAACCACCACUUGUAAGACCCAAGACAACUGGACCAUCAGCUGAAGUUACAGAGAUAACUAGACAAUCAGCUGGAGUGAGGAGGACAACUGGACCAUCAAUUAAAGAAUCAUUAACAACUGAACAAUCAACUAAAGUUACAGGAACAACUGGACAAUCAUUUGAAGGAUCAGGUACAACUGGAUCAUCUCUUGUAAAAUCAGAGACAACUGGACCAUUAGUUGGAGUGACAGUGACAUCUGGACUAUCAACUAGAGUGACAGGGGCAACUGAUCCAUCAACCAGAGUGACAGAAACAACUGGAGCAUUUGUGUUAGAAUCAGAAACAACUGGACCAUCAGUUGAAAGAUUUGGGACAACUGGAUCUUCAGAUGUAGUGACAGAAUCAGUUAGAGUGACUGGGGAAACUGGACCAUCAGCUGGAGUAACAGGAACUACUGGAACAUAUCUUAUAAGAUCAGGGACAACUGGACCAUCUGUUAUAGAGUCAGGGACAGCGAAAACUUCAUCUGCAGGAUUAGGUACAACUACAUCAUCAGUAGGAGGAACAGGGACAACUGGACAAUCAACUGCAAGAUCACAGACAACAGGACAAUUUGCUGGGUGGACAGAAACAUCUGCACAAUCAGCUGGACUGACAAUGACAUCUGUUCAAUCAGCUGGAGUAGCAGUAACAACAGAACAAUUUGUUGAAGGAUCAGUGACAACUGAAAAUUUUGCUAUAGGAUCACAAACAACUAGACCAUCAGUUGGAAUGACAGGGACAACUGAACUGUCAACUAAAGGAUCAGGCACAACUGGACCAUCUGUCAUUGGAUCAGAAACAACUAGACCAUCAGCUACUGGACCAGAGACAACUGGAAUUGCAUCUGGAGAAUCAGGAACUACAAGAUCUUCAGUUAGAGAAACAGGGGCAACUGGACAAUCAACUGCAGGAUCAAACACAACAGGACCAUUUGCUGGAUUGACAGGGACAUUGACACAAUCAACUGGACUUACAAUGACAUCUGUUCAAUCAGCUAGAGCAGCAGUAACAACAGGACCAUUUAUUGAAGCAUCAGCGACAACCAGAAAAUUUGUUAUAGGAUCAAGAACAACUGGACCUUCAGCUGGAGUGACAGAGACAACCGGGCCAUCCAUUGAAAGAGAAAGAACAACUGGACUACCUCUUGUAGAAUCAGAGACAACUGAAACCUCAGCUAGAGUGACAAUGACAUCAUCUAGACUAUCAGUAAAAGUGACUGAGGCAACUGGACUAUCAGCUGGAAUGACAGGAACACCUGGACCAUCACUUGAAGGAUUAGAGACAACUGGACCAUCUGUUAUUGGAUCAGAAACAACUAUACCAUCUGCUACAAGAUCAGGUACAAUUAGACCAUCAGAUAGUAGAACAGAGACAACUAGACAAUCAACUGCAGGAUCAGUGACAACAGGGCCAUUUGCUGGAUUGACUGGGCCCUCCAGUCCAUCAGUUGGAGUUGCAGUGACGUCUGAACAAUCACCUGAAGUGACUCAGCCAACUGGAUCAUCCGCUGCAGUAUCAGGGACAACUAGACAAUCUGCUAUAGUAACAGGUAUAACUGGUCCAUCUUCUGCAAGAUCAGGUACAAGUAGGUCAUCAGCUGGAGAAAGAGGAACAACUGGAUCAUCAGUUGAAGAAUCAGGGACUCCUGGACCAGUAGCCAGAGUGACAGGGACAGAUGGAUUAUCAGCUGGAAUGACAAAGAUAAUUGGGCCAACAUCUGGAAGACCAGGGACAACUGGACCAUCAGCUGGCACAACCACCGGGACAGGAAGAACUUCGGGAGAACCAGGAAGUGAAGCUACAGCACCUGAAGGCAAGUCAAGCUCAACUGAAGAACCUCAUGAAGCCACCCCUGGAGCAGGCGAAAGCACAACCAGAUUAACCACACCUGAAAAAUCAGCUACAGCUGGAGUGCCUUCUGCAACUUCUGCAGGAGGUAGAGGUAAAAGCAGAGUGUUCACAUCAGGUUCCACAGGAGCCAACCCUGGCCCAACAAUCGCCCCAGGGGGCAUCACUACUGGUUCAGUUAUCAUAAUUCCACCAGAAUUCUUUGUAGAAGUCACAACUUCUGCAGGGACCACUGGAGCAAGACCAUCAGGAGGUACCACUGUCAUUUCUUCUGAAGCCAGUAGCAGUCCAGAAGUUGUGAACACAGCUGCCACUGGGGUGUUCUCUGGGAAGACUCUGGAUCCUGGGCAUGACAAUACAAAGGCCACAAGCACCAUACAAGGGAUCAGAACCACCCAAUCUGAAGCUCCAGGAGGUAGUUCUGGUGAAUUCUCUGGGACAACCAUUACAUCUGGAGGUUCCAAGACAGAGGCCACAGCUAUCACAGAAGGGAGGGGUAGUACUGGACCUGAAUCCAGAACAGCCACCAAUGGGGUAACUUCUGGCACAACUAUUUUGCCUGGUAAUUACAAUACAGAGGCCACAACUUCCCUAGGAGGAAGUGGAACCACAAGAAGUGGAAUGGCCACAGCUACCACUGGGGUGUUCUCUGGGAAGACUUUGGAACCUGAGAAUGACCACACAAAUACUUCUGGUGAAUUAUCUGGAACAACCAUUAAGUCUGGAAGUUCCAACACAGGUACUACUGGUGUGAUUGCAGGAAAAACUCUGGAACCUGGAAGUUACAAUACAGAAGCCACAAUUUCCACAGGAGGAAGUGGGACCACCCAAGCAGAACUUCCAGGAGGUACAGCCAUGGUUUCACCUGGAUUCCCCAGCAAUUCACAGAGUUCCAAGCCAGGCACCUCUGUCAUACCAGGGAGCCCAGUGUCUGGAAGUGAAACAGGUACCACAAGAGAAUUCUCUAGGACAACCAUCAUACCUGGAAGUUCCCACACAGCAGAGACCAAAGCUUUAACAGAAGGCAGCAACAUUCCUGGAACUGGAUCCAACACAGCCACCACCAGAGCAGUCCCUGAUACAACCAUUGCUGCUGGCAAUUUCAACACAGAGGCCCCAACUUCUGUAGGAGAAAGUGGAACACCAAGAGCUGAAAUGAUCAUAGGUGAGCUCAGUAAAGGUACUACUGAAGGUGUCUCUGGCAAAACUCUGGAACCUGGGAGUAGCAACACAAGCACCUCUGGGGUAGCCCCUGGCACAACAGUUGCCCCUGGAAGUUUCAGCACGGCAGCCACAGCUUCUGGAUCAAAUGGAGUGACUGGGGUUGGAACCACUAUAGAUACCACGACUUUCCUAGGAGGAAGUGGCAUCACUGGAGCAGGACUGAAAACAGAAGCUACCACUGGAGCACCAGGAAUUAAUACAGGUACAGCUGGAGUGCCCUCUGAUACAACAGUUGUACCCGGAAGCUACAACUCAGUUACUACUGAGGGCAUCGCUGGCAAAACUCUGGAACCUGGGGGAACCAACACAGAGGCCACAACUUUCUCAGGAGCCAGCGGGACCACCCACGCAGGACUGCCAAAAGGUACUACUCGAGAAUUUUCUGGAACAACCAUUAUAUCUAAAAGUUCUAACACAGGCACCACUGGGGUAGCUCCUGGCACAACAGUUGCUCCUGGAAGUAUCAGUACAGGCACAGCUGGAGUGCCCUCUGGGACAACAGUUGUGCUUGGAAGCUCCAACUCAGAGGCCACAACUUCUGAAGGAAAAAGUGGAACCACAAGAGCUGAAAUAAUCACAGGUACUACUGAGGGUAUCGCUGGCAAAACUCUAGUACCUGGAAGUACUAAUACAGGAGCCACCACAUUUCCAGGGGACAGCGGGACCACCCAAGCAGGACUGCCAGGAGGCACCACUGGGGUAGCCGCUCGCACAACAGUUGCCCCUGGAAGUGUCAGCACAGCUACAACUUCUGGAGUAAAUGAAGUUCCAGGGGUUGGAACCACGGCAGGUACCACUGGAGAAUUUUCUGGAACACCCAUUACAUCUAGAAGUUCUAACACAGGCACCACUGGGGUAGCUCCUGACACAACAGUUGCUCCUAGAAGUUUCAGUACAGCAGCCACAAUUUCUCCUGGAGCAAGUGGUGUAACUGGAACCACUGCAGGCACAGCUGGAGUGCCCUCUGGGACAACAGUUGUGUUUGGAAGCUCCAACUCAGGUACUACUGAGGACAUCUUUAGCAAAACUCUGAAACCUGGAAGUGCCAGCACAGGUGCCACUGAAGAAUUUUCUAAAACAACCAUUAUAUCUGGAAGUUCGAACACAGGUACCUCUGGGGUAGCCCCAGGCACAGAAGUCGCCCCUGGAAGUUCCAGCACAGCAGCCACAACUUCUCCUGGAACAAGUGGAGUGACUGGCAUUAGAACCCCUGCAGACACAGCUGGAGUGCCCUUUGGAACAACAGUUGCACCAGGAAGCUUCAACUCAGGUACUACUGAGGGCCUAUCUGCCAAAACUCUGGAACCUGGGAUUGCCAACACAGGCACUACUGGAGAAUUUUCUGGAACAACCAUUAUAUCUGGAAAUUCUAACACAGGCACCUCUGGGGUUGCCCCUGGCACAAUAAUUGCCCCUGGAAGUUUCAGUACAGCAGCCACAACUUCUCCUGGGGCAAAUGGAGUGACUGGUGAAACCACUGCAGAGACCACAACUUUCCUAGGAGGAAGUGCCACCACUGGAGCAAGAAUAACAUCAGGAGCCACCACUGGAGUACCAGGAGGCGAGACAGGCACAGCUGAAGUGCCCUCUGGGACAACAGUUGCACCUGAAAAUGUCAACUCAGGGGCCACAUCUUUCUCAGAAGUUACUGAAGCAGUAACAGUACCAGGUAAAAAUGAGAAGUCUAUGGUUAUUCAGGAAGGGCAGCCCACCCCUCAGGCCAGCCAUGCUGUUGACACACACCCUUCAGGAACUACCUCUGAAGGAUCAGACAAUCCAGUCACUGGAAUUAAAACAGGCACCACUGGUGUGGCCUUGGGCACAACUGUUGCACCAGGAAGUUCCAGGACAGAUUUCACCAGGAUAUUAGUAGAAGGAACUACAAACUCAGAGGAUUCUAUUUCAGGUAAACAGAAGGCCAAAACGAACACAGAAAAUUUAUCUCAGAACAGUAUAUUCUUCACUGAGCACAAAAGAGCUACUACCAGAGGGUCAGUAAACCAAGGAACUGGAAGCACGAUAGAAGCCACUGUAUCCUCUGGAGGCAGUGGAACCACAGGAAGUAGAAUGAAUACAGGUACAACUGGAGUGGUCCCUGGUAGCACCAUAUUACCUGGCAGUUCCAACACAGAAGCUACCACUGGCACAUCUGAGAGGCCAAGCCCUGGAAGUGAAACAGGCAUCACUGGUGUAGUAUCUGGCACAGCAGUUGCAUCUGGAACUUUCAAUACAGAGGCCACAACUUUUUGGGGAGACGGUGGAACUACCAAGACUGGAAUUAAAAUAGUUACCACUGGGUCAGCUACUGGCACAACCAUUGCAUCUGGGAGUUCCAGCACAAGAACUACAACUUCAGUACUAAGUAGUAACACCAUUGAGAACGGAAUACCAACAGGUUCCUCUGGGACUACAGCCUCACCUGGAAGUUUCAGAACAGACAAAACUCCAGGAUCAGUGGGAGUCACCAGUAGCCAAGAAGGCAGUACUGUGAUAUCAAGUGGAAUCACUGGAAUCCCAGAAAGUUCCAUCCCAGGCACCUCCAUGGAAGUAUCUGAAACAACUGUUGCUCCUGGUCCUUUCUUAAUGGUCAUCACUUCCACAGGAGUCAAAGAAACUUCUGGAACUGGAGUGCAAACAGACUUCACCUCAGUUUCAGCUGGAGUAACAACACACCCACAAGUAUUCCAGUCAGAAACCACCACAGUGGCAACAGGAGAUAAAGAAACUGAAAAUAAAACAGGAUGCCCAGCAACACUUCCGCCAGCUCCAGUUUGUCAUGGUCCACUGGGGGAAGAAAAAUCUCCUGGAGACAUAUGGACUGCCAACUGCCACAAAUGCACUUGUACUGAGGCAAAGACUGUAGACUGUAAACCUCAGGAGUGCCCUUCUCCGCCCACAUGCAAAUCCGGAGAGAAGCUUGUAAAGUUCAAAUCUAAUGAUACCUGCUGUGAAAUCGGACACUGUGAACCAAAAACAUGUUUAUUUAAUGAUACUGACUAUGAGAUUGGUGCUUCAUUUGGUGACCCCAGCAACCCCUGUAUCUCUUAUAUCUGCAACAACACUGGCUUCACUGCAGUAGUCCAGAACUGUCCAAAGCAGACCUGGUGUGGGGAAGUAAACAGAGUCUAUGAUUCACAAAAAUGUUGCUAUACAUGUAAGAAUAACUGCAAAUCUUCACCUGUCAAUGUUACUGUUUACUACAAUGGUUGCAAGAAAAGAGUUGAGAUGGCAAGAUGCCAAGGGGAAUGCAAAAAGACUGUCAAGUACAAUUAUAAUACAUUUCAAUUGGAAAAUUCAUGCCUUUGCUGCCGAGAAGAAAACUAUGAGUACAGAGAUGUUGUUCUUGACUGUUCUGAUGGUAGUACAACACCUUACAGAUACAGGCACAUUACGACCUGUUCUUGUUUAGAUAUGUGCCAACAAACCACGUCCUCAUUUGUCAAAUAAUGUAAAUAUUACCUUCCCAAUUGUAACAGGCCAGGCAUUUAUUUUAUAAGUGAACAAAAAUAAUUACUAAAUAGUGAGCAUAACUAAACAUUUGUAUCUUACUCUAAAAAUGAGUUCUCAUUAUAAGGC